AUGGUGAGCGAGCGAGCAAGUGGGGGAGUGGACAGCUUGAGGCAUGGACCUCAGUUGAACGUGUCACCGGACUGCGCCAGAGGCAGUCGUGUAGCUGUGAGGAAGUGGUACAUCUUGUCCUUCGUGUUUGCCAUUCAGGAGAUCAACGAGAAUCCUGGGCUCUUACGCAACUUCACCCUGGGCUACAACCUCUACGAGGCCUAUCAUUAUGCAGGAACGGCUUCCUACGCCAUGCUAGACCUGCUUGCUGGUGGGGAGAGCAAGUUUCCUAAUUACAACUGCGGGAGAAAGAAUAACUCGCUGGCCAUUCUUGAAGGGACCGAAUCUGACCUCUCCAUCCUUAUUUCAUCCAUCUCGGGACUCUACAAAAUCCCACAGAGCGUGCCUCGUUCCCGGUGCGUCAAGAGCUGUCCCCCUGGAUACGCCAAGGAGGUCCAGGAAGGAGAGCCACCUUGCUGCUACGCUUGUGCUCCAUGUGCGGAAGGGACCAUCUCCAGUCAGGAAGAUGCAGACCAUUGCACCAAGUGUCCAGAAGAUCAGCAUCCAAACAAGGCCCGAGAUCAAUGUGUCCGCAAGAACAUAACUUUCCUGUCCUAUAAAGAAACUUUAGGGAUUGUCCUAAAUUUCUUGGCCCUGUUCUUGUCCUUAACUACUGGCUUUGUGUUAGGAAUCUUCAUCAAAUACUUAGAAACUCCAGUAGUCAAAGCCAACAACCGGGACCUCUCCUACCUCCUCCUCGUCUCCCUCCUGCUUUCCUUCUUGUCCUCUUUCCUGUUCAUUGGCCAUCCAAGCAAGCCAACUUGUCUUCUCCGACAAACUGCCUUCAGUAUCAUCUUCUCAGUUGCCAUCUCCUCUUUGUUGGCCAAAACGAUCACUGUGGUGCUGGCCUUCCUGGCCACAAAGCCAGGGAACACUGUGCGGAGAUGGUUGGGGAAGAGUUUGGGUAAUGCAAUUGUCAUUUCCUGUUCCAGUGUUCAAGUUGUCAUCUGCUUCAUCUGGCUGGGUACCUUUCCCCCAUUCCCUGAUUCAGACAUGCACUCCCAAGCUGGAGAGAUCAACCUGCAAUGCAAUGAAGGCUCUGUCACCAUGUUUUAUACUGCCCUGGGCUACAUGGGCUUCCUGGCUACCAGCUGUUUUACAGUGGCCUUCCUAGCCAGGAAGCUGCCUGGGUCCUUCAAUGAAGCCAAGCUGAUCACCUUCAGCAUGCUGGUGUUCUGCAGCGUCUGGGUGUCUUUUGUGCCCUCCUACCUGAGCACCAAGGGCAAAUACAUGGUAGCCGUGCAGGUCUUCUCUAUCUUGGCCUCCAGUGCUGGUUUAUUGGGCUGCAUCUUUGUUCCCAAGUGCUACAUUAUUUUACUGAGAUCUGAACUGAAUACAAAGGAACAUCUAAUAAUCAAAACCAAUGUGGAUUAA